CUGGAGACGCAGCGAGUGGGCGGGGCAAAACACGUUACGCGGCCACAUAAACUUUUCGCGGGAGUCAAGGGAAAAUGAGUGACAGUUCCUCGCUGGUUAGAGAGAGCCCACUGUUGUUACCUCAGAAUAAGGAGAAGACGGUUUAUGACGGCUUCAUCACACUGCAGGGAGCAGAUUUCAGACUGAGAGUGCUUCUGCCUCCUAAUCGCCAGCUGAAGCAUGCCAAAUUGCAGUGCUGCUGGCGCCUAAAACAGCUCCUGCGUGGUUAUCAAAAUAUAAUAAAACAGAGAUUGCAGCAUUCCUCUGAUCUUUGCACUUUUAUUUUGGAGCUGAAAACGGUCUUAGAGGUGGUUGUGAAGAAAUCUCCAGACAGUCGGACCGUGCCCCCGCCCCAGUACUACACAGGCCUGAUUGCAGAGCUAGAAAGCCUGGGAUGGGAUAAAGUGCUGUUCAUCAACACGGAGCUGAGCGUGCUGAGGCUGGGGGCGGAGGAUUCGUCCAGUCGACAACACGCCAUCACGGUGCGGUUGGGGCCCAAGUACCCUGCUGAAGCUCCAGAAUGCUCUGCAGACCUACCCCUUCCACUGGUCGUUGACUGGACACCACAGAGCACCCUGGCCAGUGUUUACAGCCAAUUUGUGGCCUUGCUGGAAUCCCUGGAGAAAUUCUGGGCCAUGAUGGAUGAAAUCGAUGAGAAGACCUGGAUCCUGGAACCAGAGAAGCCAACCCGGGGAGAUACAAUGAGGCGUAUUGUCAUCGGGAACAAUGUGUCCAUAAAGUUGGAGGUAGACCCCCGGUAUCCCAAUAUGCUGCCAGAAUGCUGUCUGCUGGGAGCUGAACACGUGGUGACCCCCUUGAGAAGUAGACUGAACGCCAACAUGCAUUUGUGGAAUCCGGAAUGCAGCGUCCUGCAGAAUGUGAAGGAGAUUCUAGAGAUAGAAUUCCCAUCGCCUGCCACCCACGAAAAAUCUAGCUUUAGCAUGGAGUGUGGCAUCUGCUACUCGUAUCGACUGGAGUCGGCCAUCCCAGACCAGGUGUGUAACGACCCUCGCUGUGGCCAGCCCUUCCACCAGGAGUGCCUGUACGAGUGGCUGAGAGGCCUGCCUACCAGCCGCCAAAGCUUCAGCAUGGUAUUUGGAGAAUGCCCCUACUGCAGUAAGCCCAUUACUGUGAAAAUGGCUGUACCAAAGCCAUGAAAACAGACCUAUUACCAUCAACAUCAAAGGGUAAGCAGAGCAAGGAGGACAAGGAAGAGGACCGUAAUGAGGGCACUAUAGAGUUUCAGCGCCCAGCUCGGGCCCCGGUCUCUUGCGAGCUGCUGUAGGACCGGCUCCCCGUGCUCCUCCAAAUCUUCAGGUUCUUCUGUCCACCUGAGCCUCUGGGUGUCUGCUUCUGGUUGCUGUGGCUGUUUACGAGCAUGUCUGACCAGUGACAUCUUAGGUUUCUGCAUGACAGAAAUGAAUGCUUCUGAUUUGAAUUUCUCACUAAUUCUUUUUCAGUUUUAAGCAGAAGUUUUGGUUUGUUCUUUCUUUGAAAACAUAUAAAAAGUGCGUAGCAACA